AUGGAACUCAGCAGGAGAGUCUAUACUGUGACCAAUGGAACUCAGCAGAGCAGUGUCUAUAUUGAGUCUGUUACCAAACAAGCCAACAGCAAAGCAGUGUCUAUACUGUGACCAAUGGGACUCAGCAGGAGAGAGUCUAUACUGUGACCAAUGGAACUCAGCAGAGCAGUGUCUAUACUGUGAUUAAUGGAACUCAGCAGAACCGUGUCUAUACUGUGACCAAUGGAACUCAGCAGGAGAGUCUAUACUGUGACCAAUGGAACUCAGCAGAGCAGUGUCUAUAUUGAGUCUGUUACCAAACAAGCCAACAGCAAAGCAGUGUCUAUACUGUGACCAAUGGGACUCAGCAGGAGAGAGUCUAUACUGUGACCAAUGGAACUCAGCAGAGCAGUGUCUAUACUGUGACUAAUGGAACUCAGCAGAGCAGUGUCUACACUGUGACCAAUGGAACUCAGCAGGAGAGAGUCUAUACUGUGACCAAUGGAACUCAGCAGAGCAGUGUCUAUACUGUGACCAAUAGAACUCAGCAGGAGAGAGUCUAUACUGUGACCAAUGGAACGCAGCAGGAGAGAGUCUAUACUGUGACCAAUGGAACGCAGCAGGAGAGAGUCUAUACUGUGACCAAUGGAACUCAGCAGGGAAGUGUCUACACUGUGACCAAUAGAACUCAGCAGGAGAGAGUCUAUACUGUGACCAAUGGAACGCAGCAGGAGAGAGUCUAUACUGUGACCAAUGGAACGCAGCAGGAGAGAGUCUAUACUGUGACCAAUGGAACGCAGCAGGAGAGAGUCUAUACUGUGACUAGAUAA